GUUCUCGGUUCGCAGUGCUUCGAUCGCAGCCCCCAGCCCCUAUUCAUCACUGCCGCAAUGAGUCUCAGCUGGCUUUGGAAGAAGGAAGAGAAGCCCGUGGUUUGCUACCACAUCGAAGGCUUCUUGAACUGCAAGUACAUGCAAAACGCCAUUGCGAUCGCCGAGUCGGUCAAGGCCCGAGACGAAACCACGACCGUGCAGAUCUCGUCCAACGCCUUCGAAAAGCCCCAGUGGCAGGAACGCCUGGAGCAACUUCGUCAGGAAUUCGCAAACUCUCCCGAAGCGCAGACCCACAAAACCUCGCCUUUUAUCUUCGAGGGCUGCAAGGAGUCUGAACGAAAGUUCGUUGGUGGAUACGAUUCGUUCAUGGCCACCCUGAAGGACCGCCAUUGCCCUCGCCCGCCACGAUGAUCGGGACUAUUGAGAGAGUACAUUGCAGCCAUCCCCAUGCAGCACGUCAUGGACGGCCUUGUCGGAGGUGCCAACGGUUCUGGAGCGUCCAGAUGUAGCAGCAGGAAUGCUCUCGUUGAUGAGAUAUACUGCACACCCAGGACACUUGUUCUUGGAGCAGAUGAUGACUUUUGGAUUAUGAGUACACACGCAUCCAUCACAGCC